AUGUCUCCAGACAUUGCCAAAUGUCCCUGGGUCUCAGCCUUCCCAGAUGCCAGCUCUCCCAGGGGAACGGAGGAGACACCACUGCUCCCCAGAAUCCGCCUCCGGCCAGGGCCAGGCCAACACGAGCACUGGGCUCUCACCGAGCCAGCAGCUCUGACCCCAGAAAAGGCAGCCCCUCCUGGGAUCCAGGAAGACACUCCCUUGCUGCUGGAGCUGCAGAAGCUGCCAGGAUUGGCCAACACAGACUUGAGUUCCCCGAACCCCAAUAUCCAGGUGACAAUCGAGGUGGUAGAGGACCCCCAGGCCGAGGUGGAAAUGGACCUGUUGGCCGAGCCCAGCAAUCGCUGGUCCCAGGGUGCCCCCACCUGGCUGCCUGCCAAGGAGCUCUUCUGGCCCCUCUUCUGGGGCUACCUGGAGGGUGAGGAGGCAGGGGCCAGUCUCAAGGGCAGAGUCCCUGGGGAAGAGGAAGAGGAGGUGGAGGAGGAGGAGGAGGACUACCCUGAAGAGCAUGGCGAGAGUGAAGACCAGGAGGGCAACGAUGAGGACGAGGAGGACGAGGAGCCUGGGUUCAGUGGGAACACAGGCGGCUGGGAGCAGGGCUGGCUGGCCCCCAGGGACUGGGCCUUCAAGGAGUCGGACAGCUAUGACUAUGAGGUUCAAGAGGAGUGGAGCCCCUGGUCUCCUUGCAGUGCGAGCUGCGGCAGCGGCAGCCAGCAGAGGACUCGGCCCCGUGGCUACGCCUGCACUGCCACCGAGUCCAGUGCCUGCGACCUGUCCCCCUGUCCUGGCGCCAAGGACGAGGACCCCUUGGGCUUUCCCAGUGAGGGGUGGCAGCCCCUAGGCCACAAUGCUAUGGACAUGCUCGGCCCAGAUGUGGACAGCUGUGAGAAGUGGCUGAACUGCAAGAGCGACUUCCUAACCAAGUACCUGAGCCAGGUGCUGCAGGACCUGCCCAGCUGCCCGUGUGCAUACCCGCUGGAGGCUGUGUACAGGGCCGUGAGCCUGCAGGACGAGCACCGGGGCCGCAGCUUCCAGUGGAAGGAUGCCAGUGGCCCGAGAGAGCGACUGGAUGUCUACCAGCCCACGGCACGCUUCUGCCUUCGCUCCCUGCUGUCCGGGGAGAGCAGCACGCUGGCCGCCCAACACUGCUGCUAUGACUCGGGCAGCCGGCUACUGACACGAGGCAAGGGCGCCGGUGCGCCUGACCUCAUCAGCACGGACUUCUCACCCGAGCUGCACUUCAAGGUGGACACGCUGCCCUGGAUCCUGUGUAAGGGGGACUGGAGCCGCUACCAUGCUGUGCGGCCGCCCAACAAUGGCCGGGCCUGCGCUGACAACCCUCCUGAGGAAGAGUACCUGGCCCAGCUGCAGGAGGCCAAGGAGUACUAGCGAGAGGGCUGCUGUCCUGGAGAACUUUCCUGGCAGGCCCCCUCACCCUGCCCACACUGGGCGAGUGCAAGGGCCCACCCUGUGAGGCCGGUCUGGUGCCACAUGCUCUCUGCCUGGGAACCCGAGCCAGGUCAGCACCCAGGUUUCAGGUUGGGGUUGGAGAGAGGGUUGAAGGGUGUAAGGGGCCCAGGGUGAGGGGAGGGAACUCAGCCCCAUGGUCCCUGGGGGUGCAGUGGAGAUCUGUGUCUGUGGCGGCCUCCCUCUCCUGCCUGCUGGGGGGUGCUGUCCCAGCCUGGCUACCCAUACUCCUCCCCCUCCUUGGAGCUGGGCUCUCCU